AUGGCACCCAAAGAACCCGUGGGUGUAGGCGCGUUUGCACAGACCCAGCUCGCUCUUCUCGAUGCCGAGCUGCAGAGCGAAGUCCAAGAAACCAGUGGGCUCAUCACCGGCCUGAGCCCGACGUCGCUGCAGCGCGCAGGUCUCGCCCUCACCAAUCUGGUCGUGGGCGCGCAGCGCACGGGGCUGGGCGGCAAGACGGUGCUGGAGCUGGAGCCCGACAGCGCGACCAAUGCCAGCGGCGAGCUGCCCGAGCACGGCGUCCGCGUUGGCGACAUUGUCCUGGUCUCGGAGCAGCCGGCGGGCAGCGCCAAGAAGCGCGAGAUUCGCGACCUGGAGAAAAAGGGCGCGCGCGGCGUCGUCACCAAGGUCAAGCGGGAUGGCGUCUUCGUCGCGGCCGACGAGGAGCGGGAAGGGGACGCACAGCUGACCGGCCGCGUCUGGCUGGUCAAGUUGGCCGACGACGUUACCUACCGCCGCAUGAACCAGACCAUGGAGAGGCUUCUAAAAAUGACCGAGUCCGACUAUUCAAUCUUCACGAGGGUUCUGUUUGGCCUAUCGACGCCCUCGCAAGUUCCCGCGGAUCUCGGCGCGGACCCGGAGCUUGGAAAGAUCGAGUGGAUUGAUCCAGGGCUGAACGAAUCCCAGAAAGACGCUAUUCGGUUUGCCUUGGCCUCCAAGGAGAUCGCUUUAAUUCACGGACCGCCAGGGACUGGCAAAACCCAUACACUCAUUGAGCUCAUUUUGCAGCUCGUCAAAAGAGGCCUACGGAUUCUGGUCUGCGGUCCCUCAAACAUCUCAGUAGACAAUAUCGUGGAGCGCUUGUCGCCGCACAAGGUACCCAUUCUUCGGCUUGGGCAUCCGGCACGACUGUUGCCCUCGGUGCUGAAUCAUUCAUUGGACGUGCUCACACGAACAUCAGAGGCCGGGUUAAUCGUCAAGGACGUGCGAUCCGAAAUGGACGCGAAGCAGGCGUCGAUCAAGAAGACCAGAAAUGGAAGGGAGCGCAAGGUAAUCUACACGGAGCUGAAGGAGCUACGCAAAGAGUAUCGUAUCAGAGAAAGGCAAUGCGUCGACAACCUCGUCUCGGGGAGCAAAGUAGUGCUCGCCACCUUGCACGGAGCCGGAGGCUUUCAACUAAAAAACAAUAGCUUCGAUGUUAUCAUCAUUGACGAGGCUAGUCAAGCCCUGGAAGCUCAAUGCUGGGUGCCUCUUUUGACGGCGAAGAAGGCUGUCUGCGCAGGCGACCAUUUGCAACUGCCGCCGACAAUCAAGUCAACCAACUCCAAGGCAAAGCCCAAGGUCAAGGAGGGCGACAACAUCAUCAAGGGCAUGAGCCUCGAGACGACCCUCUUUGACAGGCUGCUUGCACUCCAUGGACCAUCUAUAAAGCGAAUGCUCACCACACAGUACCGUAUGAACGAAAAGAUUAUGCGCUUUCCCUCGGAUGAAUUAUACGAAGGAAAAUUGAUAGCAGCAGAUGCCGUCAAGGACCGUCUGCUCAAGGAUCUCACCUACAAAGUCGAGGACACGGAAGAUACCAAUGAGCCAGUCAUAUUCAUUGAUACCCAGGGAGGCGACUACCCCGAGAAGAAUGAGGACGAAGAUGGCGGUAAGAAGUCCAGUAUUAGAUCCCUUUUGGGAGACAGCAAGAGCAACGAAAUGGAGGCCGCGCUUGUGAAGCAGCAUGUUCGAAAGUUGGUCGAUGCAGGCGUGAAGCCUGAAGAUAUCGCAAUUGUCACACCUUACAAUGCACAACUCGCUGUACUCGCGCAUCUCAAAGAUGCGUUCCCUGGUAUAGAGCUCGGCAGCGUUGACGGGUUUCAAGGCCGGGAAAAGGAGGCAGUCAUCCUCUCGCUGGUUCGAAGUAACUCGGACGGCGAGGUUGGAUUCCUGGGCGAGAAGCGGCGUCUAAAUGGUUCCAACAGUUGCGAUGACCAGGCCGAAGCGUUCUUUAACGGUUAUUGGUGA